CGACUUUUUGUGUUGAUGCUAACGGUUUGUAUGAGCUUUAUACACAACCACAACAGAGAAGGCAUCGCAUUCGAGCAGAGAGAACUGUUUAUUUGUCGAAGAAAGAUCGUCGGAAUUGAAGGUCACAAUAGCAGACAACGAUGUCGUCAUCAGGAAACAGUGGUAAUAACAACAACAACAACAACAACAACAACAACAGUAACACCAGCAUUGGCACCAAUGUGAACUCCAAGAAGAAACCCAAACCAAGGCUCUUUACAAAAGAUGUCAAGGCUCUACUCUAUGCCUAUGGAGAUGUGGAGGAGCCACUACCCGAGACUGUCAACGCAGUGGAAGACUUGUUGGUCAACUAUGUCGUUGACCUGUGCCAUGAUGCCCAUGCCUACUCCAAAGUUACCCUUCGUCAAAAGGUUAGAGUGGAAGAUUUCAAGUUUGCCCUAAGGAAAGACCCUUAUAAAUACGGAAGACUUGAGGAGCUAUUACUGAUGCAAAAGAAGAUUGAAUCUGCUAGAAAGCAGUUUGAUAACACCGAAGGUAAAAACUUCAAGAGCGUGACCGUCGAUGAUGACGAUGAAGAUGCUCAAAAUGAUGAAGCCAACGGAGCGGUUGGUCAAUCCACCGGGACCAAUUCGGCUUCAGCAUCUAACAAUAGCACUGGAACGAGCGAUAGGAAGCCUACAAAGAAGAAUAAGAAAGAUGAUAAUAGGCCCAAGAGAAAAUACACAAAGAGUGGUAAAGAGCGGAAGCCAUAUAAGAAGAGGGCUAAGAAGGGGGAAAACACUUCUCAGGGGCCUAUUAUCAAAGCCGCGGCUCCUUCGAGUUCUACUCUUUAAUGUUAGAGAUAUUUUAAUGUCAUGAUGAUAUAACACGGUA